AUGGUGCAACUUCGGGUCCAUAACGGGUUGAAUGAAUUUUAUUUUGAAUUUCAUCAGCCUCAGCAGGUCCCAAACUUUUUAUCUCUUUCAGUGGAUCCGAGCACACCAUCUUUCAUUGAAAACGAAAUUGGCGACGACUUUUUCAAUGUCACUUUUACUCCGUCGAAGUUUGACGACGAAGAACGACGUCCAGUUGGAAACACGUUCCUCGUAGAAUAUCGAGAAGCCGACACUGAUGAGUGGAAGCAGGUUCCGCAAAAAGGGGAUGAUUUGACUGUCACCGUUGGUGAUCUGAAUCCUGGAACAAGGUAUGAAGUACGUGUUGCCGCUCUUCAGAAGGAUCCAAGUGGAACAGAACGGGAGACGUACUCUCCUUCGAGUUAUAUAACAACUACUGGACGAUCACCAAAAACCGCCCGGUUAUGGUGGGUGUUGUUGAUCCUGCUGAUUCUGUUGUUAUUGCUGUGCAUCCUGUGUAUGAUUUGUGUCGCGCUGCGACAUCGCGGACAGAAUUAUCCAGUCUCUCAAAAGGAGCGUGAACAAGGCCGCGAACCGAUCCUCGCUAAACAACACUUUGGCGAGUACAAGAAUGAUGAUGAUGAGAAGCGAUCAUUAACUGGCAGUAAAGCGGAAUCUGAGACUGACAGCAUGGCCGAAUACGGCGAUACCGAUCCCGGUCGAUUCACAGAGGAUGGCAGCUUUAUUGGUAAUUAUUUACUCAUUCAUCUCUUUACUUGUUCAAAGACAGGGUGGGGCUAA